AUGUUUCAGAACAUCGUUAAUGCUAUCGCAUCAUGCUGUGCAGGGGACAGUAAGAUGAAGAUCAAAGGCACUGUUGUGUUGAUGAAGAAGAAUGUCUUAGAAUUCAAUGACUUUCAUGCUUCGGUUCUUGAUCGUGGCCAUGAGUUGUUAGGCCAAGGAGUCUCUCUGCAAGUCAUGGGAACUGCUAAAAGUGACCCUCCAGAGAAUGGUUUGAAAGAGAAGCUAGGAAAGCCGGCAAAUUUAGAGAAUUGGAUUACUACCAUCGACCCCUUAAUCGCCGGCGAGACGGAAUUUAAAGUUACCUUUGAUUGGGAUGAGGAGAUUGGAGUUCCAGUGGCACUCCUGAUAAGAAAUAAUCAUCACAGUGAAUUCUACCUAAAGACUGUCACACUAGAAGAUGUACCUGGUCAGGGCCGAGUCCACUUUGUCUGCAACUCUUGGAUUUAUCCUGCAAAGCGUUACAAUUAUGAUCGUGUUUUCUUCACUAACAAGACUCAUCUGCCGCAGGACGCACCUGCACCGCUACGUAAAUACAGGGAAGAAGAACUGGUUAAAUUGAGAGGAGAUGGAAAAGGAGAGCUGAAGGAAUGGGACCGCGUUUACGACUAUGCUUACUACAAUGAUUUGGGAGAUCCUGACAAGGGUGCAAAGUAUGUCCGCCCUGUUCUUGGUGGGUCUUCUGAGUACCCUUAUCCUCGUAGGGGAAGAACAGGCCGAGCAGCAACGGAAUCAGAUCCCAACAGUGAGAGCAGGCUGCCACUUCUGACGAGCUUAAACAUCUAUGUUCCGAGAGAUGAACGAUUUGGUCACCUGAGGAUGGCUGACUUCCUUGGUUAUGCACUGAAACUCGUAGCUCAAGUUGUUAAACCUGGACUGGAAGGAUUAUUUGACAGCACCCCAAAUGAGUUUGACUCUUUUGACGAUGUGUUUAAACUCUAUGAGGGAGGUAUUGAGCUGCCUCACGGUCCCCUAGUAGAUAAUAUUAGGGAAAAAAUUCCCUUGCAGAUGCUCAAGGAAAUUUUCCGAACUGAUGGGGAAAAUCUUUUCGAAUUUCCAAUGCCUCAAGUGAUUGAAGGGAAUAAGACUGGUUGGAGGACUGAUGAAGAAUUUGGCAGAGAAAUGCUGGCUGGAUUAAACCCUGUUGUCAUUCGUCGCCUUGAGGAAUUCCCCCCGAAAAGCAAGCUAGACAGCAAACAAUAUGGUGAUCAAAAUAGUAAAAUAACUGAGGAGGACAUAAAGAAUAAUCUGGAGGGACUGACCACAGAUGAGGCAAUCAAGAAAAACAGGAUGUUCAUAUUAGAUCACCAUGAUGCACUAAUGCCAUACCUGAGGAAGAUAAACACUCCUUCAAAAAAUACUUAUGCCACAAGGACUCUGCUUUUCUUGAAAGAUGAUGGGACUUUGAAGCCUCUUGUAAUUGAGUUAAGCUUGCCCCAUGAAGAAGGAGAUGAAUUUGGAGCCAUUAGCAAAAUCUACACCCCAGCUGAACAUGGUGUUGAAGGCUCCAUUUGGCAGCUGGCUAAAGCUUAUGUGGGUGUAAAUGACUCCGGCUAUCAUCAGCUUAUCAGCCACUGGUUACAUACUCAUGCUGCAAUUGAACCAUUUGUGAUUGCAACAAAUAGACACCUCAGUGUGCUUCAUCCAAUAUAUGAACUUCUAAAACCUCACUUCCGGGACACAAUGAACAUAAAUGCUCUCGCUAGGCAGGUGCUCAUCAAUGCUGGUGGAAUCCUGGAAUUAACCGUUUAUCCUUUGAAGUAUGCCUUGGAAAUGUCAGCAUCACUUUACAAAAGCUGGGAUUUCACCGAGCAAGCACUUCCUGAAGAUCUGAAGAAGAGAGGAGUGGCAGUUGAAGAUCCAAGUUCUCCUCAUGGUGUCCGCCUACUGAUAGAAGAUUACCCAUAUGCUGUCGACGGGCUUAAGAUAUGGUCAGCAAUCAAAGAAUGGGUCAGAGACUACUGCUCUUUCUACUACAAAACUGAUGAUAGAGUUCAGAAGGACUAUGAAAUCCAAUCAUGGUGGAAGGAAGUGAGAGAGGAAGGGCAUGGUGACCUGAAAGAUGCACCCUGGUGGCCUAAGAUGCAGACUCGUGAAGAGCUAAUAGACUCAUGCACCAUAAUCAUAUGGGUGGCAUCAGCCCUCCAUGCAGCUAUCAACUUUGGGCAAUAUCCUUUUGGAGGUUUCCUUCCGAAUCGUCCAAGCAUGAGCCGUAGGUUGAUGCCCGAGGAAGGCUCUGCCGAGUAUGAGGAGCUCAAGUCGAACCCUGAUAAGGCUUUCUUGAAAACAAUCACUUCCCAGUACCAAACACUUCUUGGAAUUUCUCUUAUAGAAAUUCUUUCAAGGCAUACAUCAGAUGAAGUGUAUCUUGGGCAGCGAGACACUCUUGAAUGGACCACAGACAGUAAACCGAUGGAGGCCUUGGAUAAAUUUAGAAAGAAACUGGCAGACAUUGAGAAAAGGAUUUUUGAUAUGAACAGAGAUGAUAAAUUGAAGAAUCGCUUUGGCCCAGUCAAGAUGCCAUACACUUUGUUGGUUCCUACCAGUAAAGUUGGACUCACUGGAAGGGGCAUUCCUAACAGUGUUUCCAUCUAAAUCUACUCCAGAAGACAACCCAUAUCACUUUAAUAUCAUUUGUUGUUAUGGAGGAACUUGAGUAAAAAGUUCUAGUAUUUUCAAUCACCAAUGUCUGUAUUUCCUAUUAGAUGCUUUGGGGCACAUAUGCUUGAUGUAAUAAGCUUCAUAAAUAAUGCAGAAUAAAAGUUAUUUA